AUGCCACAAUCCAUCGAUGCACUUGUAUGGAUCAAUCUUGCCAAAACUAUUUUCCAAAUGGUGAUUGCCCUCGAGCCAGGAAUGCCACUCCAGCUUCCAUUACUCAUCAUCGAAAAUCUCAUGCUCUUGCCUCUACCACUGCUGUACGCACUACUUCAAAACUCAUUGUCAUCUCAUCUACAGUGCCAGCUACUUACGAAUAUGCGCGCGAACCGCGAACGACAAUCGCAGCAGUUGUUUCAAAUGCUGCACAUUGGCGCUCAAGGUUUGGUAGUGUUUUGA